GUCCGUGGUGGAUGGACGGCUGGCCAUUCCAUUCCCGCAUCCAUGUUGCUAUUUGCUGGUCGUACAUAGACGCCACUGAUUGUGCAUGUUGCGUGAAAUGCAAGGCUGAGGAAACGUGAUAGUGUUGUGGAUAGUACCUCGGUGAUGUCACGACUUGAAGCUGCAAGGCUAUACGGGCCCCAGCCCGACGCCAACAUCGCAAUUAGGACAUGAGCCUUGUCCUGCUACAACACCGGCGCAGACAGGAUGGAUUCAUAGCAAGCCCAAAGACAUGCCUGAGAAGAGGACAUUGGAUGCCUUCUUUGGCGUGACGCCAAAGAAGCCUCGGACAGACACCAAUGGUCCAGAACCUCUGUCCGGUGAUGGCCUGAAGUCCAUGCACCCAGCCUAUCCCCAUCCAAUUACUGAUCUCUCAUUAUCUGUGAGCAAGGAAAUAGCUAGCUUACCAGCACGACCUGGCAAGGUCAUCAAUGACCAGCCUGAUCUUGACUUGCUCUACUUUGAGCCGUACAUCCCAUCUUACCUCGCCAAAGAUCUUUUCAAGUUUCUGAGACAGGAGCUUCCUUUCUAUCGUGUCGAAUACGACAUCAACAGGGGCGGAUUAUCAACGCACAUCAAAACACCUAGAUGGACAACUGUUUUUGGCCUGGACGACACAUCUAUCUUCAAUGAAGCAGGAUUGCCGAUUGACUCUAAAACCGGUGUCAAGGUGUCUGAUAAGAAGUACGAUACAAUUCCACCAAGGCCUAUUCCCAAAUGUCUCGAAGAUCUCCGCCUAUCCACUGAAGCAGUGACAGGCUGCAAGUUCAACUUUUGCUUGGUGAACUACUACGCCUCCGGCGCCGAUAGCAUCUCCUACCACAGCGAUGACGAGAGAUUCCUAGGACUGGAUCCGGCCAUCGCCUCCUUCUCCCUCGGCGCAAGGCGCGACUUCAUGUUGAAGCAUAAGCCAUUCCCCCCAGGCGAGGAGGACAAAGCCAGCAAACCACUCAAACUGCCCCUCGCCAGCGGGGACAUGAUCCUCAUGCGCGGAACGACACAGUCGAAGUGGCUCCAUUCCAUUCCCAAGCGAACAGGAAAGAAUGCCGAGGACGGCGGGAGGAUCAACAUUACGUUUCGGAGAGCCAUGGUGAAGGGGGGCACAGAAAACUAUUACAACUACAAUGUAGGCUCGGGGCCAGUAUACAGGUGGGACAGCAUGAAGAAAGAGAUGAUGCUAUGGAAGGGUUGAUAUUCUGGGUAUCUCCAACGUGAAGGAAAAUGAGGAACAGAGAG